AUGGACCCAGAAGACUCACCUGAAUUGCCCCCCCUCAAGCGAGGCGCCUACGAUCUCGACGCCAUCCUCGCUGCCGCCGGAGAAGCCGAGUUUGCAAUUCCACCACCUCCAUCAAAGACGUCCUUCAACUCGUCGUCCUUCAACCCUUUCGCAUCCUCAUCGCCCUCAGCAUUCAAAUCUUCCUUCAACUCUUCCUUCAACACUUCCUCUGCUCCCUCAGCAUCAGCUAGCAUCAACAACUACGACGAUAACAAUAAUAAUAAUGAAACGCCUGCGACCCCGCCUCCUGCAGCACCUCCAAAGGCCGUACCUGCUUCAAGACCCAAACCCCUUACUCGGAAACCAUUAAACUCCUCAACCACAUCAACAACAACCGGAACUGGUGGAACAACUACUACGACGACGGUAAAGCAGAGAGUCUCGACCCUCAGGAGCACGCUUAGCAAGUUCUCAGCACCCAAGAAAGCAGAUCAGGAGCCUGUCAUCGCAGAGACCAAUAUCGCUCCUAGUGCUGGUGUCGACGAGACGUUUGUUCAGGAUCAUGCUGACGGCAUCUCGAAUAACAACAACAGCACGAGCAAGAGCCACAUUGGGAAUCGAAGCAUGUCAGAGGAUCAAGCAGGAGGGAACAACGAGGACGGGAACGCUAGCAUGGCGAUCCUGUCGCCCACACCCUCGAAUGGCAGCGCAGGCAGCGGGGGAUUCUUCAAGUCUUCGAGACCCCUCCGGACAGUGCCCUUCAACAGAGUCGGCUCGCCAGGCUCACAUCUGGAUCCAAUGGGUCUGGGAGCCAGCUCCCCUACACGCUCAGGCAGCCCCGUCAACCUCAGUGCGGGAUCAAUAGGAGGUCUUGCCGGAAACGACCUCGGAGUCUACUCGACUCCUUCCUCCUCUCGACCCACAUCCCGUCCUACCUCUCGCCCUACAUCCAGACCCAGCUCUCGUGUCAGCACCGGGAACGGCAAAUACCACUCUCGUCAGCUCUCGUCCGACAGUCUGUCGUCGUUCAAUGCCAUGAUCGGAAAGGAGGAUCCUAUGGGCAUGGGCGGCGAUGAUGACGAUGUGGACAUCCACCAUUCAGGACAUGUCUCGUUUGUGGUCUCUGACCCAGAGCACUUACGGAUCUUGGAGGGCGAGAUUGAGGAUCCCUUCAGCCCCAGUAUGAGCGCCAUCGAUCUGGACGCAGACGCUUACCUCAGUAACCUGAUGCAGCAAUCGACUUCACCCUUUGCGUCUCGCAAGAGUAACAAUACCUCCCGAGGUCAGUCUCCGGCUUUCAGAAGCCGUCGACAGCGGACGGCGGAUAGUGCUACGACAACAGGAGAAGAGUCGUUUUUGGAUUCGACCGAUGAUGCGUUGUCGGACGAGCUGCACCCAAAGCUCAGGACUUCUCGUACGGGGACGAGGACACCGUCAAGUCCUUUGGCGCGGGCUGUAACGAGGGGGAGCAGCCAUUCUCCACGGGACCUUUCAAACGCGAUUGGACAGUUGUCUUUGGACCAAGUCAUGAGUGACAGUCAGGGCAUGGAUGACAUUAUGGACUCUUCUUUCCUGGAUGGCGCCGCCGGUGCAGGUGGCAGGCCCUUUGCUGCCAGUCGGGGAGGCCCACCGUCGAACGCAGACAAGGAAUCGCUGUCAAGUCGGUCACCGCCAGUCUCGAACGGCGCCGGACCUUCUGAACCUCCCUUGCCAUUGUCGCCUGCUCCUGGGUCAGAGAAUGGUCAGGGGGUCCACCCAUUGGAUAAUCACCACGGAGGAGCUGGCGCUGGUAUUUACUCGCACUUGGCCACUUCGCCCAGUCACCCUGCAAACGGCAGCAACGGCAACGGACUGAAGGACGACUUUUCUGAUUCUAAGCAGCACCAGCGGCAGGGGUUUGAUGACAAGGACCCUGUCGACAUUAACCACGUCGAGGUCGAUAUCGUUGUGCAGAACGUUAAUGUCCACGAUGAACUCGAGUCUAGGAACAAGAACCAAAGUCCCAAGGUCCAUCUGCAUAUUGAUGACUCGGAUCUGGACGACUCGGAUGACAACAUUCAUUACAACCACUCUGUCUCGGAAGCCCUUGCCAACGAGGAGAUGCAGCUCCACGACUCACUUGACAUGCACGAGAGCCAUGCCCAAUCCUUUGCCGAAUGGAUGUCAAGCAGUGCCGAGAUCUCUCGACUCGACAUCAGUCCGCCUGUCAGUCACCCACCAGGAUUCUUGCACAACCUCCACAACAACCAGCCGUUGCCUUCCUUUGCAGCCGCCCUGUCGUCGUCGGGAGCAGGUAGUUCAGGACUUUCGACAGAGUUGUUCCCUGCGCCACCAACUUUCUCGCCCCAUACACCUCCAUAUGGAACCUCCCUCCUGGCGUCGACUAAUAUCGGGAACGCAAGCGUUCUCACCUCCUCUUAUACCCCUACGCUAUCGUCCCCCGAGGCGGCUUUUGCAUCUCCUCAGCAACCACAACAAUCCCCUUCAUCGAUAACGACCACCUCACCAACGGCGUCCAAGAAGGCUCAGAUUCUCGAGAAGCGGUCACAUUUAUUGGAAGAUUUGUUGUCCAAGGCCAGGGAACGGACCAAGAACAAGAACGAGGUCACUCAGCUAUUGUCCCAGGUGGCCAGUGGCAGAGAAAAAGUGGUUGCGGCGACCAAUGCUACUAUGGAAGUGACAUCCUCAACAACACCGCCUUCAACCUCCUCUUCCAAGGACUCUUUCGCCGAAUCGACCGCCACUACUAAUGGACCGUCAGUUACGUUUGCACUGACGGAUGAUGCUACUCUGGAAAGUGACAAGGACUCCCGGACAUUGCACGAUGAUGACCUGGAUAUCGGUAGUGGCUCGGCAGGGAACUUGAGUGUCUUGAUCGACAGGAAGGAAGGGGGGCUAGUGAGACGUCCCAGUGGCAUGAUGUUGUCCUCUCGUAUCCGAGACUCAACUAACCUCGACGCGCCCCGCUACAGCAUCCGUGAAAUGGAGGAUAUGAAAAAGAAUGUGCGGAUGGACCUGCGUAUCGAAAUCACGAACGAGAUCAGAGAGGAAUACGAGCGUUCGGCUGAACAAGAGGCGACGAUAUUCCAACAGGAGAUAGAGGAAUUGAGGGGGGCGCUGGAGAGGGAGAGGCGGGAAAAGUCGCAAUUGAAGGGUGUCCUGGACGAAUUCGAGUCGAGUCUUGCGGAUAUUGCAGUGAGCACGGCAAAUGAGAUCCAGACAAUCAAGGAACAAAACAGCAAACUGACUGAAAGUAGGGAAGAGACCGAGGAGGCGUUUAUUCUGUUGAAGACGCGUUAUGAUGAGCUCAAGGCCCUGAACCACAAGCAUGUCGAGAACGAAGGAAUUCUCAGGAACGCAGUUGAGUCUCUCAAACAAGAUUUCGAAACCUCCGAAACGCGGUACGAAAAAGUCAAGGCCCACGCGGACGCGAAAUUCGUCAUCGCAUCGCAAGAAAUGGAACAAACUCGUGUCGUGUUCGAGAACGAGGUAGCAAUGUUGAAGGGCCAAUUGAGUCGACAGGAAAUGCAGAUGCGGACGUUGGAACAGGCGUUGGAGAUCAAGAACAAGGAGAAUGAGGAUUUGAUUCUCUUUAGUGAGGAGUUGAUUGCCAAGCUUAGUUAG